CUUCAUGAUUACAUAAGCACUUACAUAAUGAGGCGCCCGUACUCCGACCCCCACAACAGGCGACAGGUGCGCCAUGAAAACUAAACUCAGCUCAGAUCUGCGUCGGCGCAGCGGCCUCUGCCUUGGAUCCUGUCUCCACUCAGCCCAGGAAGAAGAAGAUAUUCAACAGUUCCCGCCGGAUUCUCUUCUACCGCUACGAGAAGAACCGGGUUUCAGUCAUGGUGGUCCGCAUCGGCAUUCGCCAGCAGCUCGCGGGCCUCGUGUGCAUCUGUGUUCUGCUCUCGCUCGGUGUUCUCGCGAUAGUUCUGGCUGUCGUCACUCAGAACUACGUCCUCGGACUGCGCGGUGAGCGUCUCGAGCUCGUCGCCCAGGUCAAGGCAUCCCAGGUCUCCCAAGUAGUCGACGUCUACUACACAGAGACCUACGCGAUCUCCACCCGAUCCACCAUCCAGGAAGCCUUCCGCAACUACCGUGCCGGAAACACCUCGUUGUCCGUCUGGGCCGCCGCGAACGAGUCCCUCGCCCUCUCGCUCGACGUUGAUGACGCCGUGCUUGCGACUUCGGUCUACUCACUAGACCUCGACCCGCUCUUCAACAUGACCAACAAUUUCACCCGCCGCGAGGUUCUCCAGCUCCUCCCCGACGCACUCUACCCGCUCGCUGACGGAGAUGCUCCGAGUGCGCUCGAAGACCUCGGCGGUGUCAUUCGUGGUCCGUACGGUGCGGGGGCCCAGAUCGUGCUUUCGCUCACCAUCCCGAUCUACAACGUCUCCAUCCGCUCGACCGUGUCCGACCGCACAAUCGGCUACCUCACAACCAUCAUCUCCGCAAACAUGCUCACCUCGAUCAUCAAAGACAACCAGACAAUGAGCAACUACUACUACCAAUACUCCCUGAUCGGGCUCUAUCCCGACACGGACUCCAUAGAAAACUACGAAACUACCCAGUUUGUCUACAUCCUUCCUCCGACUCAUGAUUGGACGCUCUUCGGCAAGCACUUCCCAUACCACGACUAUCCAGCAGCAUCACUCGCUCUCGUGAACGAAACCACGGGCUCGAUCAUCAAAGCAAACAAUCCUCUUCGAUCAAAUAUAUCAGUAGGCUAUGCAUACGCAGACGUCUCUUUCGACACCUGGGGCCUCACAGUCGAAAUGUACCGCGACGACGUCUACAGACCGAUCCACCACCUCCGCAACAUCUCUCUCGCGACCGUCUUCUCCCUCGCCGCUUUCAUGUGCAUAAUCACCCUCCCCAUCGCCCACUUCGCUGUCCGCCCAAUCGUCAAACUGCGCGCCGCAACAGAGCAUACUACGGCUCCGCCUUCAUACCACAAAGAUAGCCACGACUCCAUCGCGUACGACGAACCUCCGCCGGAUACUGACUUUGAUCCAGAUAUCACACCCGUCGGCGGCGGCGGCGGCGGCGAGGAUGAUGACGGUGCUGACGGCGGCGGUGAAAAGAAAUUGUUCACGUCUGGAAUUCGUCGCAGCCAUGGCGACUGGACCGGUGAUGGCAUGCGCAAGCGCAAGCGUCAAUGUUCACCGGUCAAGGGAUUCCGACUACCGCAGACUGUGCCGCAGAAAGCCCGUCCGCUGUUCAAAGACGAACUCACAGAACUCACAACUACGUUCAACGAGAUGACACAGGAGCUGCGCAAACAGUACGAACAUCUUGAAGAGCGCGUUCGUGAACGUACUCAAGAGCUCGAGGCGGCAAUGAUGCAAGCCGAAGCAGCAAAUGAAGCAAAAUCGGUGUUUAUCGCAAACAUAACUCACGAGCUCCGCACGCCUCUCAAUGGAAUUCUCGGUAUGACAUCUGUCCUGUUGAGCGAGGAGGACCCGCACAAAAUCAAGCGGAGUCUGAAUAUCAUCUACAAGUCUGGAGAACUACUAUUACAUCUCUUGACCGAUCUCUUGAUUUUCUCGCGAAACCAACUCGGCAAGAUGACGCUCGAAGAAAAAGAAUUCAAGGUCGCGGAAAUGGCGUCUCAGAUCCGGGCUAUUUUCGCAAAGCAGGCUUCCUCCGUCAAGGUCGAUCUCUCUGUCGACCUCGUGCCGGAGCGCAUAGGCUCCAUGGUGCUGUGGGGUGAUCCCAACCGCAUCUUACAAAUCAUCAUCAACCUGGUCUCGAACGGACUCAAGUUCACGCCGAAAAACGGCGCGAUCCAUGUCCGUAUGGUGUGUCUGGGCGUGGUCGAUGAGCCGAGACGGUCACAGUCAGAAAUACCAGCGCUGAAUAACGACAGCGCCAGGAGACUUGAUAGUAUACGGCGAAAGAGCGGAGGUCGGAGUCCAAACAAGUCUAUCUCGAUUAUAGAUGAAAAGCAAGGCCGCGUGUACGCUCCCUCGCCUGUGCAUGCACCGACGAGGACAUCGGCUGUUUCUUCGGUUGAUCCAGAAAAACAGUCUAGGGAUCCACAAUUCAGAGGCUUCUCUUCCGGGUCCGUCGGAGUCGAUGAAAAGCCAUCGUUCUGGCCCGAAGCUGCAAGCGGGACUAGUAGUCCCGACCCAGAGAACCCGCUACGCAAUUCGACACGAUCUUUGGGCGGUCGUGUGCGAUCUGCCGGGGUUUCUCCUGCGCGGAACAGCUCUAUCUCUCUUGGACUAGCUGGUCGAUCGAAAGAGGCUCCCCCAGCAUUGUACACCUACAACCUCAACAACGCCGGUACAUCGAGCAGUCUCGCGUCCUCCUUCCGCCGUAAAGGACACUCGCUCUCGCUCUCGCAGCCGUUCGGCAAGCGAAACCACGCAAAGUCAGAGUCGCCUGUGUCGCCGCACUCUGCCGACAACAGCUACAUCGGUGCCACUCGCGCCAGCAGUUUUGCGGGCAUUGUGCCGCCUCGCACGGCGACUUCUUCGCGCGCAACGUCGCCACAUUCACCGGCGCAGGGGGUUCUGGACGGUGAUUUGAACGGCAAGUAUCUCGAGUUCUUAGUGCAGGUCGAGGACAAUGGGCCCGGUAUCCCUGAUCACAUCCAGCGCUCGAUUUUCGAGCCGUUCGUGCAAGGAGACCAGGCUCUGUCAAAGAAAUAUGGCGGUGCGGGUCUCGGUCUGUCGAUUUGCAAACAGCUCGCUGAGCUGAUGUAUGGCUCGAUCGAGGUCCAGAGUGUUGUCGGAUCCGGGUCGACGUUCACGUUCAGGGUUCGGCUUCGGUACGUUAGGGAUUACGAGUCGUCGAUCAAAGAUGGCGUUGUCGGCGAAGGCUCUUGCUCUUCGAACGAGCCCUCUACGGAUUCGUCGGGGGAGAAGAAUGUGUCUACCGACCAUACCUCGCCUGCUGACACGCCGAACGAAGGCGGGCGAUCAGGCCAGAUGGGCGGGUCACUCGCCGGUCUUGGAGCGUCAUCGUACUUUCUGAGCAAGCACGCGCCAAUCAUAGGCGUGGACGAUACUUUAGACUCAGACAGCGUGCUGUCUGUUGCGACGUCGCUUAAAUCUCUCACGGAGUCACUCAAAUCUCUUGUUCUCAGUCAGCAGCAGCUCACGCUCGAGAACGGCCAGAACCCGUCGCGGCAGUAUGUCGGUGAUCCUUCGUCGUCUGAGUCAUCCUACGGGAUCAAGAAAAAGACGAGGAUUUUGGUGGCUGAGGAUAAUCGGGUUAAUCAGCAGGUGAUUAUCCGAAUGCUGAACUUGGAAAAGAUUACUAGUGUUGCGAUUGCCAAGGAUGGAUAUGAGGCGAUCAAUCUCGUCAAGCGAAGUUUGAAGGCCGGGACGCAUUUCGAUGUUGUGCUUAUGGAUAUCCAGAUGCCAAACCUAGACGGUCUGCAAGCAACUCGAGCGAUUCGCCACGACCUAGGCUACGAAUACCCGAUCGUCGCGCUGACCGCGUUCGCCGACGACUCCAACGUCAAAGAGUGCAUGGACGCCGGCAUGAACAAUUUCAUCACCAAACCAAUCAAGCGCGACGAACUGCGGUCGAUGCUGGAUGAGUAUUGCGCCAAUCGGCAGAUUGACGAUGAUGCGUCGUGAUUUGUAGAUUAUUCUUUUCCUUUUCUUUUCAUUAGAUUUGAUCUAUGUUUGUUCUGUGUAUAGUAUUUAACAGUAUGAGUGUUUCUUUUUGCCGUCUUGUGUGUUUGUUAUACCUUUGUUUUCAUUUCGGUUUAAACUUACCUCGGGUUCUCAUUUCGUUUGUUAUUUCUGUUCUAUUCGGGGCGCCAACUUGAUAUCUUAUUUUCUUCAUUUCAUUUCACCAGCCUUUCGACCUAUCUUCUCUUCUUUCUGUUCUUUCAACACCUCUCCCAUUGCUAUUACCAAUGGUUCGCAUACUAUGUCUUAUAAUGU